AUGGAGGAGGUCAGUGAUGGAGGAGGUCAGAGAUGGAGGUCAGUGAUGGAGGAGGUCAGUGUGGAGGAGGUCAGUGAUGGAGGAGGUCAGAGAUGGAGGAGGUCAGUGAUGGAGGAGGUCAGAGAUGGAGGUCAGAGAUGGAGGUCAGUGAUGGAGGAGGUCAGUGAUGGAGGAGUGAUGGAGGAGGUCAGUGAUGGAGGAGGUCAGAGAUGGAGGAGGUCAGUGAAGGAGGAGGUCAGUGAUGGAGGAGGUCAGAGAUGGAGGUCAGUGAUGGAGGUCAGUGAUGGAGGAGGUCAGAGAUGGAGGUCAGUGAUGGAGGUCAGUGAUGGAGGAGGUCAGUGA